AUGGGGGACAGAGUUUGCAACGGUGUACAGAGCAAAACGCCGCUGCUGUCAGACCCUCAGCUGUUCGAGGCUCAGUUUGAGGAGCUGGUGACGGAGCUGACCGAGAGGGACCUGAAGGACCCAGCGCUCACAGACGCACUGCAGCGGUUGAAACAGGUUUUAUUGUACAACGCUCACGGAGGAAAGAGGAACCGCGGACUGUCGGUGAUUGGCUCGUUGCGAGAGCUUGUCCCGCCCCCUGAGCUCACACAGGACCUCGUGCAGCGAGCCCUGGUGGUUGGAUGGUGCAUUGAACUACUUCAGGCCUUUUUCCUUGUGGCUGAUGAUAUUAUGGAUGGAUCCGUCACUCGAAGAGGACAGCCCUGCUGGUAUAAGAAGGAUGGAAUUGGUCUUGAUGCCAUCAAUGAUGGAUUUCUUUUGGAGGCAUCAAUCUACAGACUGCUCAGAAUACACUGCAGAGACCAGCCUUAUUAUGUGAACCUCCUUGAGCUGUUUACAGAGACGUCCUUUCAGACUGAGCUCGGUCAAGCUCUGGACCUCAUGACCGCUCCUCCGGGUCACAUUGACCUCAACAGAUUCACUAUUGAAAGAUAUAAGGCAAUUGUAAAAUACAAAACUGCAUUUUAUUCAUUUUACCUGCCAGUGGCUGCAUCUAUGUACAUGGCUGGAAUCACAAGUGAUGAGGAGCACAAUAAUGCCAAACACAUCUUACUCGAGAUGGGGGAGUUCUUUCAGAUACAGGACGACUACCUCGACUGCUAUGGAAACCCUGCUGUUACUGGAAAGAUCGGCACCGACAUACAAGACAAUAAAUGCAGCUGGCUCGUGGUGACGGCGAUGGAGGUCAUGGCCCCGGAGCAGAGGGCAGAGCUGGAGUCGUGUUACGGUCGUCAUGAUGAAGCCAGUGUGGAAAAGGUCAAGACGCUGUACAACACUCUACAAAUGCCAGAACUGUAUCACAAAUAUGAAGACGAGAGUUACCAGCGGCUGCAGAAACUCAUCGCACGUCACGCUGAAAAUCUUCCCCAUGCUGUUUUCCUCAACUUUGCCAAAAAGAUCUACAAGAGAAACAAAUGA